AGUGAAACCGGUUAAACCGGUGAGGCUUGACCGUUCCUUCUCGUAUAAAUACUCCCUCUCGCUCUUAUCCUCUCAACCGUCCCUCCAUCAAAAAACUCGAAUAACGAAAAAAAAAGGGGGGAGGAAGAAGAAAAGACCGAACAUCGAUCUCUGAUAAAGUUAUCAGCGAUGUCUGGUCCGAGCAGGAGAGAAAUGGAGAGGAUAAAGGGACCAUGGAGCCCCGAAGAAGACGACCUUUUGCAGAAGCUGGUUCACAAGCACGGACCCAGGAACUGGUCCCUCAUAAGCAAGUCGAUCCCUGGUCGGUCAGGCAAGUCCUGUCGGCUCCGGUGGUGCAAUCAGCUUUCGCCGGAGGUGGAGCAUCGCGCCUUCACGCCGGAGGAAGACGAGACCAUCAUACGAGCCCAUGCCCGGUUCGGUAACAAGUGGGCGACCAUCGCUCGGCUCCUCAACGGUCGUACCGACAACGCCAUCAAGAACCAUUGGAACUCCACGCUAAAGCGCAAGUGCGUCACCAUGGUUUCCGGCGGAGAAGGGCAGAGCUACGAUUUCGUCAGCAACGGAGGGUAUGACGGUAAUCUGACAGCGGAGCAUCCGCUGAAGCGAACGGCUAGCGGCGGCGGAGUGGUUUCCACUGGGUUAUACAUGAAUCCGGGAAGUCCGUCGGGAUCUGAUGUCAGCGAUCAAUCUAAUGGGCCAUUUCCUCCGGCGUCGCUCGUUUAUAAGCCGACGGCUAGAGCCGGGGCGGUGGAGGUGACGUCAUCAUCUUCAGCCGGAGACCCGCCGACAUACCUGAGCUUGUCUCUCCCGUGGGCCGAGAACGGGGAGAAGUCGGCGGCGGCCGGAGUUACAGAGUCGAUGAUUCAGAAGACGAGAACGAGAGGCGGUUACACGGCGGAGUUGUUCCCGGCGAGAAGGGAAGAGGAAAGGGCGAGUGGACUGAUGACGGGGUUCAAUGGGGAGUUCAUGACGGUGGUGCAUGAUAUGAUUAGAGCUGAGGUCAGAAGUUACAUGACGGAUUUGCAGCUUGGGAACGGCGGCGGCGGCGGCGGAGGAAGAGGAGGAGGAGGAGGGUUGUGUAGCGUCGGUGGUGUUGGGUUUAGGGAGUUGAUUCCGGUGAACCAGAUUGGGGUCGGGAGGAUGGAGUAGUGGGAAUGAAGAUUAGUUUUUUAUCUUUAGUUUUCGGUCUUGAGAAUAGAAGAGAGGGGAAGAGAAAUGAUCCUCAUGGGCUUCCCACUGUUUCUCGGGAAAAUAAUAACGAUCAAGGUCGAUGUUGUACAGUGAGCGAGAAAGCUGAAACGGAACGAGGGACAAAUGUUAAAAAAAAAGGCAGCGACUUGUGUUAUGUCCUGAUCCAAUCGGUCGUACGAGAUGCCAAAGCAUCGUUCUGAUAGGAAUCCAAUGAGAGCCCAAAGGGGAAUUUGCGUAAAAGAAAUAAACUUCAUCUUGAAAAUUUCAA